AUGGAAACAAUCCGCCGCACUCAUCUCAAAUCUCUCGCCCACCGCGGCACAAUCCAAGGCGUAACAAUCUCAACAUCGUCUUCUCCCACCGGCCAAGCCAAAGACCUCUGCCACUACUUCGGCGGCGUCCGCUACGGUCUUGCUCCCGCCGAGCGCUGGCGCCGCACCCAGCCCCUACCCGCAUCCUUCACCUACGGCAAUGAAGAAGUACCAGGCCGCUGUGAUGGUGGUGCGGGGCUUUGCCCCCAACCGGGCUUCCUGAAUAUCUCGCCCGAGAACCCGGAUGCGUGGAAUGAGGAUUGCUUUCAAUGCAAUGUUUGGACGCCUAUUGGGGAGGCGCCUGAGGGAGGAUGGCCAGUUUUUGUUUUUAUUCAUGGCGGAUGGCUUCAAUUCGGCACGCCCAAUUCAUUUAAUGCGGCUGCAUUGAUCGGCGAAGCUGAUUUCAACUGCGUGGUUGUGAUGCCCGCAUACCGGGUCAACCUAUUCGGAUUCCUCUACUCAGCGGAACUGGAGGAAGACGCGGCCACUGUCGGAGAAACAGUUGGGAACCACGGAUUCUGGGACCAGAGACUAGCACUCGAGUGGACGAAGGAGAACAUCCAACUUUUCGGCGGCAAUCCGAAGGCCAUCACGAUCUCAGGAUACUCUGCAGGCGCAAACUCCGUCUUCCACCAACUAGCCUACGACCUCCGCCAACCAGACGAGAACUCUCUCAUCCGCCAAGCCUGCAUCUGGUCAAACAGUCCAGCCGUCCAGCCCAAGCAGCCAACCGAAACACAAACCCAAUUCAACCAACUCCUAACAGCCCUGGAUAUCCCGCUCACCUUUACGUAUAGCGAGAAACUCACCCGGCUACGCUCAAUCCCCGCAAAAACCCUCCUCGAAAAAGCAAGAACAAUCCCCCUCCACCAGUUCCGCCCAACAACAGACAAAUCCUUCAUCUCCCCAUCCCUCUUCACAACCCUCGACACCGGCGCCUUCGCCCGCAGCCUGCUAGCCCGCAACAUCCGCAUCAUAAUAGGCGAAUGUCGUGACGAGCGUUUCCUCUACAGCACCUGGUUCCCACCGACAGACAACACCCUCUCCGCGCUGCGCACCCGUCUCGUCGCAGAUUACCCAGAACACAUCGUCGACGCUGCUAUACCGCUGUAUUACCCGGACGGGUGUCUACCGGCGAACUGCAAGAAUUGGGACCAGGAUGCGUGGGGCAGGAUCUAUGCUGAUAUGCAGGUGCAUCAGAUGCAGCGUGGGUUUGUGCAUGCGCUGACGGAAAACGAGGACGGGGUUGAUGCUUCGGCAUUGCUGUUUCGGUAUCGGAUUGAGUGGCGGGCGAAGUGUGUUGAGAAUACUUUGCCGAUUGAGUGGGGGGUUACGCAUUCGUCGGAUUAUCCGAUUUGGUUCUUUGGUAAUGGGGGGUUGUUGGGGGAGGGGGAGAAGGGGGUUGUUAAGGAGGGGUUUGUUAGUCCGUUAGGGAGGUUUGUUUGUGGGGAGGGGGAGUUUGGAUGGGGGACUUCUGGGGCUAGGGGGGUUAGGACGCUGAAAGAGGAUGGGAGUGUUGAGAUUGUGGAGGAUGGGGAUUGGGAGGAAGGUGUUAGGGUUUGGAAGGUGUUGAGGGAUGCUGAUGAGAGGUUAGGGUGA